GCGUGACGUCAUUCCAACAUGGCGGCCUACUUGAAUCGCUUGCACCACAUUGCGCUGCACGUCUCAAACGUGGAUAAAGUUGCUCAUAAGCUCGUGUCCCGGUUCCAGUUUAAUGUGUUUGCGGCCAGACUGACAGACCGAGCGAAGCAGCUCGCGCUCCGCAGGGGAUCGGCCGUGUUCGUGGUCAACCAGAGGCCAAACGAGCCGGUGACCGGACCUCAGUCACGUGCCUGGAGUUCCGUGGCCGCUAGAGACCACCAGGACCUGAGGUGUCUCUACGGGGCGCAUGCGCACUACCCGGUGGACACCGUGAGUAACGUGUGUUUCGAGGUGGAGUGCGUGGAGCGCGCGUCGCGGGCGUUGCGGGAUCAGGGUCUCUGCGAGUUCCUCCAGCCGCCCACCGAGGUCUGCGAUGCCCGCGGGCGGGUCUGCUUCUCCGUGCUCCGGUCCGCGGUGGGGAACGUGUGCCACACGCUCAUCGACUGCUCCCGGUACCGGGGUCUGUUCCUGCCGGGCUUCAGCGCGGUCGAGCCGGGCUCGCAGACCGCGGAGCGCGCGCACUGUCCCAUCAGCCACUUCGACCACAUCACGUUCGCGUGUCCCCGGGGCAGCACUGCACUCCUCACCCGCUGGUACCAGCAGAACUUCGGCUUCCGGAGGUUCUUCAUCGACAGGGACGAGGACGAGGAGGCGGGGUACGUGCUGCACCAGGACGGGAUCGGGCUCCGGCUCAAAGCGAUGGAGUCGGGAGGCGCUCCGCCCCGCAGAGACGAGGACGAGCCCGACUGCAAGCUCGUGUUUUCAGAGUCUCUUCCUCAGCGAGGCAGUAAUCAGGUGGACUCGUUCCUGGAUCAGCACGGAGGAGCAGGAGUACAACACAUCGGGCUCUACACCGACAACAUCGUGAGAACCGCACACACACUGAGACUCGCUGGAGUGCAGUUCUACUCUCCUCCACCGGCGUACUACACUGAGGUGGGAAAGCUGCAGGAGAUCUUGGAUGCGGGUCUCGAUCCUCACACACUGAGCCGGUACGGGAUUCUCCUGGACACUGAUUUUCAAACACACAGAGACAGCCGGAUCACACAGAGUCACCGGCUCCUGCUCCAGGUGUUCACGAAGCCCAUGUUCGGAGAGAACUCCUUCUUCCUGGAGCUCAUCGAGCGCAGAGGAGCCUCGGGCUUCGGCGAGGGGAACAUCCGAGCGCUCUGGAGAUCCGUGCAGGACGAGGAGCGCCGGAACACACACACCGCUGACAUCUGA